AUGUCUUCUUCAAAGCUCACAGCCACCACCGUCCUCCUCCUAACCUUGACUCUCCUUCUCCAAACAUCAUUUGGAGCCAAUAACUUUCUUUCCUGUGUCUGUUCAAACCCUCAAAACUUCACUUCCAACACACCUUUCGAUUCAAGCUUGAAAACUCUCAUCACAGUUCUUACCUCCAAAACCUCUCUUACUGGUUUCGGUCAAGCCUCCUUUGGCCAAUACCAUGACCAACAAGCCUACGGCCUCUCUCUUUGCCGUGGCGAUGUCUCUUCCUCGGACUGCAAAACUUGUGUCUCUGAAGCAACCACCGAACUCCUCAAACGUUGCUCCUACAAGAAAGGUGCCAUAAUCUGGUACGACAACUGUUUGUUCAAGUAUUCAGACAAAGACUUCCUUGGCCGCAUUGAUCAUGCGAACAAGUUCUACAUGUUGAACGUGAACAAUGUCACUAAUCCUGAUGCUUUCAACUACAAGACGAAGGAAUUGUUGAGCCGUCUUGCUGAGGAAGCUCAUGGGAACCCUAAGAUGUAUGCCGCAGGAGAGUUAAAGCUUGAAGAAGGGAAGAACAUGACAGUGUAUGGGUUGACUCAGUGUACCAGAGACCUUUCUAGCGAUGAUUGCAAGAAGUGUCUAUAUGAUUCGAUCGGUGAGCUUCCUAAUUGUUGUAAUGGGAAACAAGGGGGCAGAGUUUUAGGCGGAAGCUGCAACGUGCAAUAUGAGAUUUACCCUUUCUUCAAAGAAUAG